AUGAAUAUCUCUACGGAACCACGUCGGCGAUAUCAGGCUCUACCCAAUGGCCAUAUUCGGCUUUUGUCGAUUGAGCCGUCUGCGGAUCGCGAUGCCCGGGUCGAGUGUCACCUCUCCCCGGCACAAAUCGGCGAACGACCAUAUGAGGCUCUAUCGUAUGUUUGGGGUCAAGAACAUGCAACCCUCGGCAUUCUUGUAGACAAUGAAGAAAUGCUGGUACGGCCCAAUCUGCAUGGCGCACUGAAGGAGCUCCGCUUGACAGAUCAACCGCGGACACUCUGGGUCGACUCCAUCUGCAUCGACCAGUCGAAUAUUGCCGAUAAAACUCAGCAGAUCAAACAGAUGGCAACAAUUUACGCGUCUGCCGCACAAGUUGUUGUCUGGCUAGGCGAAGAGGACCGCGACAUGGAUGCAGCGCUAGACUUCAUUCAAGGGCUAUCAAACUUGGACCCUGCCACAGCACGCGUGAUUGUGGACAAUCAAGGUGUGCCGUGGGAGCUUCGCAAGAGGGUUUUCAAUGCGCUGGGUAUGAAACAUGGGAUUGACAAUUAUGACGAGGUUGUUGGGGGUCUCGUUAGGCUUAUGGAGAAUGCCUGGUGGACGAGAAUAUGGACUGUCCAGGAGAUCGUGUUGGCUGGGUCGGCAACUCUGAGAUGCGGCGCGAAAUCUGCCUCAUGGGGCAAUCUAAGCAAGCUGGCUGCGUUUGCCCUUGAGGUUUCUCAUCACAACACCCUGGGAUUGGGACGGCCAAUGGACGAGGCAAUAUUUGAUGAAGUCACUGCUCGCGUGUCAAAGCUAUACAUUGCCGUUGGUUCUCUCAAUAAUCUCUCAUACAGGAUCAAACAAAGCUUGGACAUACACCUGGAACAGAUGAUUUGGUCUCAGCUGCUCACUAGACGAGCAACAAAUCCCUUGGACGUGAUAUACGCACUCCUAGGCAUGGUGACGGAGAAAUCCGUCAUCGAGAUUGACUAUGCGAUGACGAAGAAGCAGGUCUACACGAGCACUAUAAAAGCCAUGCUCGAGCGGGGUCAUCGCCUUCUCCCGCUCCAUUUUCUGCAGGACUGCUAUAUGGAGCGUGAUGCCAGUCUCCCUUCUUGGGUACCCGACUUCGAAAUACUCCAUUCUUCUGCGACUAUUAACCUAGCCACAACUGGUAUUGGGACAACCCUGGCUCUGGCGUCUUUGUACAACGCCUCGCUCGGCGAUGCUACUGAUCACUACGUACCACAGUUCCUUGACGACGGCAAUGAUGUCUUGCAGGUUGAAGGCGUGUCGGUAGAUCAGGUGAUAAGCACAGGGAUCGUCUGCCCUCGCUUCCCCGAUGGAUCGAAGGAGCGGUCACUUCAACUUCAAACUAUUAUUAGCCAAUGGCGUGAACUCAUAACUAAGCCAACAGACGAGUACAUUGGAGGAGGUUCUGUCAUUGAAGCGUUUUGGAGAACCGUGACAUUUGACCUCGACCUCACAGAUCGAGAUUAUCUGGCUGGGAACCCAAACAGGAGAGACAAGAGAUUGCCAAGAGACGCGAAAGGGAUGCCUCCGACAACCGCAGCCGAGGAAGAUGAGAUACUGGAGGGGAUUGUCGAUGCGCCUCCUCCCAAGACAGUCCUUGAGAAACUUGGCGAAAGGCGCUUGUUCACGACCAAGUCAGGGUAUUUUGGCCUGGGACCGGCCUCCACACAGCCUGGUGACAUUUUCUGUGUUUUGCGAAAUGCUCUGUUUCCUACUGUGGUCCGGCCAACAACGACCGGUCGUUAUAUUAUCGUCGGUCACAGUUUUGUGCAUGGGAUUAUGUCUGGCGAAAUUAUCAAUUCCCUGAAUGAGGGACGAUCUUCACGACAGGUGUUUGAAUUUAUAUGA